AUGAAUUUCGCCGGCGGGGACUGCCACCUUAAAAAGGCGAGCGAGCAGAGCCCCUCGCCGCCGCCCGCACGGUCGACCUCAUCGGCGGAGAGGAGGCCGCCACCGACCACAGACCCGUCGCCGAGUCGUCCGCCGGGGGCGCAGGACUCACCGACCACCACCAAGCGCGACCACGUCAACGAAGAAGCCGGAUCCGCAGCCUUCGGAGUCACCCCCGCCGCCGGCCGCAUCGCCGAAGCCUCACCCGGCCACCGCAGCCCUUGCCAAGGCAGCCGGCGCGACGCGCCGCAGAAACCGCCGCCCGAGGCCGCCGCCCCGGAUCCCACCCUGGAUCCCACCACGGAGGCCGCCGACCAGCCCCGCCGCCGGCCGAUGUCCCCGCCGCAGAUCCAACGUCACCUCCGCGCGCGCGACGCGAGAGGGAAACCUGCCGCCGCCGAGAGCUUCACGAGCUUUGCCCGCACGCGGGCGCCGACGGCGGCAGGGAGGAGGGAGAUCGGAGGAGGGGGAGGCGGUGGCGGCUGCGCUAGGUUUCCGCCCGAGUCGCCCGGUGCGGGGGGCGACGCGGAGGCUGUUCAGUUCCUGUUGCCUCCGAGAAACUGA